AUGGUUUCGAAGAAAAAGUUCCACUUCAUUCAAGUGGACAAACGGAGAAAACACCUUGCUGCUAUUGGUCCAGGGCUGACCCCAGCAGAACGGCUAGAGGCAUUGCACCUAACUAUACAGGGAAAUCAGCCUAGGAACUUGAGUUGUGGGCCCACAGCAGGGCCAACCAUUGCACGACAGCCAGUUGUGAAACUGACUCAUGCUGCCUUUCCUUCCUUUGAUGAGUCUAAGCAGAGCAUAGACAGCUUCCUUCGCUCCUUUGAAGGUUUAUGUGAGGACCACCAAGUUCCCCAGGAUGAGUGGGUGCUUAUUUUGGCUGGUAAGCUCACUGGUAAAGCUAGCAAAGUCUAUUUGGAAAUUCCAUACUCCCAGCGAGCAAAUUAUUGGAAAGUGCAUGAGAUUCUUCUCGCCAGCUACGCCAUCACUCCAGACUCCUACAGAAGAGCUUUCCGCACCCGGCGUAAAGCCUCCCAAGAAACUCACCAGGAUUACAGGAAUAAGUUGCAGAGGGAUUUCUGCAACUGGGUAAGGGGGAAUAAAGUUAAUUCCCUUGAGGAUUUGUGCCAAUUGAUGCUAAAAGAACAAUUCUUCGAAAACUGCUCCCUUGAAGUGCGACAAUGGGUUGGGGACCGGAUGCCUGGUACCUUGGAGGAGGACACCCAGUUAGCAGAUGAGUACCUGGAGAAUUGUGUCCAGUCCCAGCCACUUACCCUACCCCUGAGUCCUACAAACCACUCCUGUGAGGCUGAUCAUACCCAUGCUCUACAUGCCAGCCAUGUGACAGUCAGGGCCCUUCCAGAUUCUAAACCACUUAGGAUUCCUCGGGCCUGUUUUAUUUGUGGUUGUACUACUCACUUACAGGCAACAUGCCCACGCAGACUCCCUAACCUGACCCCAAUAAGACUGCCACCUGCCAAAUCUGCAAAUAUUGUAUCACAGGGGGUCACUGAGUGUCAAGUGCAGGUUGCCCAAGAGACUGGUCCCCAUAUCUACAGGAAGCAACAAGUGAAUAUUGAUGCAUCAGACCUAAAAGAAUUUAGAGUGUCAGCAGUCAACUUGUGUGCCCCAAAAAGGUGGGAGAACAACUGUGCACCCAGGAGAGGACACAGGGGUGUUCCACAGACAAGCUGCAAAGUCUACAUUGGAAACCUUGGCAAGCAUGGCCAUAAGACUAUAUUGGAGCAGGCAUUUGGAUAUUAUGGCCCUUUACGUAGUGUGUGGGUGGCCAGGAGCCCCCCGGGUUUCGCAUUUGUGGAAUUUGAACACCACAGAGAUACUGCUGAUGCAGUUCAAGAACUAAAUAAACGGACUUUGUGUGGGCGUCAAGUUAAGGUGGAAUUUGCAUCCAAAGACAGACAAAGUAGCAAUAAAGCUCCUCAAUCCCCAUGCAAAUGGCUCACAACACAAAGAAGAAUAUGGACUGAAAGAAACAACUAUGUCACCCAAAGAUUUCACUGA